UUAUAUGUUUGCAGUACACACAGCAAGAGCAAUACACUAGCCUACACCCAACCAAACCAUAUCUCUUCCUUCCUCUCCUCUCCUCUUAUAUUAUUCUCCUCCCACUCACUUCCCCUUACUUAUCCUUCCCCUUUACCCUCAACUCACUGAGUUCACCCGCUCUCCACCGAGUCACACCGUUUUUCGCCAUGAAAGGUGCCAAAUCCAAAUCUGAAUCCAAAAAACCAGACAGCAGGCUCUCGGUGAAGAAGAGAGAGGCUCCGAAGCAGAAGAAAGCGCCGGUGAAGAAAGCGAAGGAGGCGAAGGAUCCGAACAAACCGAAACGGCCUGCGAGUGCGUUCUUCGUGUUCAUGGAGGAUUUCCGGAAACAGUACAAAGAGAAACAUCCUAACAACAAAUCGGUUUCUGUUGUCGGUAAAGCUGGCGGUGAGAAAUGGAAAUCGAUGUCUGAAUCUGAGAAAGCUCCGUUUGUAGCUAAAGCAGAGAAGAGGAAGUCUGAAUAUGAUAAAACUCUCCAGGCUUACAACAAGAAACUGGCUGAGGGAAAGCCUGAAGAAGAGGAGGAAGAAGAUGAAUCUGACAAGUCAAAGUCAGAAGUUCAUGAUGAUGAAGAUGAUGAUGAUGACAGUGGAGAGGAUGAGGAUGAUGAUGAAUGAAAAAGAAGAUAUGUGAUCAAGUUCUUUUGUAUUACACUUGUUUUAAUGGAAGGUUAAUUUCAAUGGUAGUGAUUAGGAAUGCAAAGUGGUUUUAGUCUGGAUGACCGAAACUCAUAUCCUAUCUGUUGUACUUUUUUUUUUAAUCCUUAAUUCCAGCUUAAUAUGUGAAAUAUCCAUUCUAUAAACCCAAACAUGAGUCUUCCUUUUCAAGGAUGAUAACCUCUGA